CCCCGUGGGAGCACCCCCGCCCCCGCGCAGCUCAGCGCUGCCCGCCCGGCUCCUCCUCCCCUCCCCUGCGCGCCCCACCCGCCGGCGGUCGGCUCCUUCCACCUGCGCGGCGGCGGCGGCGCUGGGGAAGCGGAGCGCCCUCGGGCCGGGAGAUGUGACCCCCCCAUGGGCGCCGGCCGGCCGCGGCGGGGGGCGGCCUGGCUGCUGGUGCUGCCGCUGCUCCUGCCGCCGGCCCCCGCGGCGCACACAGGAGAGUUGUAUUGUUCUUUGCCCAAACCUAGGAAUGUCCAUUUUGAAUCUAUAAACAUGAAGAAUGUCCUUCACUGGUCAGCACCAGAAGGCACAGGAGAUGGAGUACUCUACAGGGUGAAGUAUUCAGUGUAUGGUGUUGGCAAAUGGAUUAGAAAGCCAGAAUGCAGGAAUAUCAACAGAACGUGGUGUGACCUCUCCAGUGAGACCUCUGACUACGAAGAACAGUACUAUGCGAGCGUUAAAGCCUUCCUCGAUGGGAUGUGCUCUGACUGGAUGGAGACCACACGAUUCAACCCUCUUACAGACACUAAAAUUGAUCCACCCAUGGUAAGUGUAUCUUCUACCGAGAAAUCUAUUUCCAUCAUUCUGACUGCUCCUGAGAAGUGGAAGAGAAGUUCUGAAGGAGAAUCCGUGUCUCUGCUUCAAGUGUAUCCUGGCCUGCAAUACAACGUGUCUGUCCUCAACAAAAAAACAAAGAAGCGGUGGUUCUUCUCCAUCAGCAACAACACCUUGGUUGUGCCCUGGUUAGAACCUGGAACUGCUUAUUGUGUCAGUGCACAGAUAUAUGUCACCACACCACUUUUGCACAGUGGUUUCUCUAAAGAAUAUUGCAUUGCUACUUUGAAAGAUAAAACAGCAGAUGAGACUAUAACCAUCGUAUUUGGAUAUGUUCUACCUAUCAUGCUUGCUGUCCUUUUUAUUUCAAUGACAUGCUAUUGUGUGCACAGAUAUAUUCACGUCAGCAAACAGAAACAUCCAACAAACCUGGUAUGGCACUACACUGACAAAUGCAAGGAAAGAGUUUUCAUACCACGUGAAAAAAUAGUGGUCAACAUUAUCACUGUUAACAUGGAUGAGUACAAGCCAUCUCAGGAGUCCAGUCAUCUGUCAGAAAGGAAAAGUCCCCAUUAUUACACAGUUUACAAUGGCACCGAAGGGAAGGAUUUGACUUUAAAAGAAGUGCUGGAAACAAAACACUUGCUUGAUCUUUCACGUGAAGAAGAUAUUUUAGCAGAAGGGGACCAAACUGGGAACUGGCCAUCUUACGGCCAGCCUGGAACAAAGAAUACUUUGAAACAGAAAAAUGCAGGGACUGUAGAGUAUGAACAUGAUGUAAGGGCUGAAGACUUCAGUCCUGGUCAGAAACUAGAAGACCUCAGUUUAAAAGAGAAGACCUCUUCCCCCAGGGGACUACUAGGGGAGCCACAGAAUGUUUUGGGGGACUUUAUUGAUAUGAAAACAGGACAGCCGUAUUGCCCCCAACUAGAGGUGAGAGCAACAGACACUUGUUUGGGACAGAAAAUAGAGGAACUUAAUUUGAAGACGGUCGAUGCAGCAGAUGAAUUGCCGGGUGAGACCCAUAUCAACUUGGUGGACUUGGAUAUUGCAAAAUCUGGGCAGACAUCCUAUCCUCAGCUGGAAAAAAUAGCACAGGGCCUUAUGGAGAAAGAGGGUGGACAGACCAUAGUAGUAGAUUGGGAUCCUUGCACUGGAAGACUGUAUAUUCCUACCUUGUCCAGUGUUGAAAACCAGGUGUGUGAAGAAGUACUCAAGCGUGAUGAUCCUGACGAAGAGGUAAUUUUGUCCAGACUGUAUGAGAAAGAGGUAUCUGAUGAAUCAUCAGAGGACCAAGAAAUGUAUCUCCUGCAAUUCAAGGAACAAUGGGGACUCCAUGUAGAAAUGGAAGACUGAACAGUAACUUUGUAAAAUAUUCUGAAAUGGAAAAUCUUGUUUCCUUUACCAAAAGAGAGUGAUGGACUCAGUGGAGCAAACACUUCUUAAUGUAUUGAAGUUUUCAGAACCAUCACAGUUGAACAAUUUAUUCAUGAUAUGUUAUUUAUAACACUUUCCAGACGCUGUAUAAGUGAUUUCAACUCCCAUCAUAAACUCCUCAAGUAAAAUAUAAUGGUUAUGAGAUUGUCUACUUUUUUUUAAAAAAUGCAUAUUUUUACAGAGAAUGCUAUUAGGAUUUUCACAUUGUAAUUUCUACCAAAAACAAAUGAUGAGCAUUUGAAAGCAGUUAUUUUUAGCAAAUAAAAAGCAACAAUAUGACAUUUUGCUGGGCCACUUCAUGUAUCUUGUCAUAAUGCAGUCUUUUCUAGGUCUCACUCUUGCUACAGUUAAUGGUUUGAGCUGACUUUUGUGGAAGUUAAGGGGAUUCUGGUAUAUAUUUUUUUCCUGUUUUAUAAACAUUCUUCUGCUUAAUGAAGUUCUUAUGUAUUUCUCUUGAAAACCUUUGUGUGAGGCUGCGGGUUCCCGUCCAUACCGUGCCGCACAGGUACGCGGCCAGCAACAGUUCUUUGAGCAGGUAUGCCUACAGGCUCCACAGACGUCUGGGAGAGGAAAGCAAGCAUUAGUUGUAUUUUAAACUAAUAUGGCACAGAGGGAUUCACUGAAACGCCUAUAAUCUUGCUGGGCAGACCGUGUCUCCCUCAGCCGUAGACACUCGCGGUGCAGCGUCUGCAUGACUCAUGUCCUGCAAGUGUCUGUUCUUCUGCAAUGACUUUAGCGGCAGGCUGGCGUGAGUAGCUCAGAUGGAGAAGUCUGCCCCAGACGCACCGCUGCUUCUUCAGACACGUCCCGCUUGCAGACCCAGAAAGUGUAUCUGUGGGUUUUCUCUUACUAUCUCAAGUCCUCACCAGGACUUUCGAUACAAGUUCACUUUUUCUCCAUGUCAUGUGAUAUUUAUUUAGGAUAGUGAAAUUACAGGAUAUUCUAGAAAUUACUUACUAGGGCAGAUGAUAUUUUUCUUUUCAAAGCCUAUCUGUUACUUUUCUACUUAAUGGACCCUUUUUUUGAACACGAAAAUAAAUUAACAGUAAUGAUUUGUUUGGUUUUGAAAAGGAGAAGAAAAAAAAGAAAACAAGAAAAAAACCCUUUUCUUUGGUGUUUAAGACUUUUACCCUCCAAUGGUUAGGUGCAUUUUUGAAGGAAGGCCUUUACCAAUAUCUUUUCUUUUGGGUAAUGUGAGACCUUGGCAUUUUCUGUGACUAUUCAUCCUCUGAAGUAUUUCAAUUGUAGUCAUAGACUUUAAAACUAGAAAUGACAGUAAAAUCAUGCUGAUUUCAUGCUGAUGACUCCUUUUCUGAUGUAAAAAAUGUCCUCAACUGCUUUUCUAAUAAAGAUAUAGAUCAUGUAGCAGUGUUAUACCUAAAUACUUAUAUCAAUGCACUUGUGCAUCAGGAGGUUCACAGAGGAGGGUUAUAGCUCAGUGUGCAAGAAGAAAAUAGUUGGAGAUGUGAAAAGGUCAAAAUUUCUACUACUACCAGCCUCAUUUAAGCCAUCCAGAAUUUUUCCCAAUGUUUCUGAAAAAUUUCUUAAGUAACGACUUUGUGCAUAAUCUCCUAAUUGCCUUUUGCAAUGUGGGGGCUCUAACUCAUAGGUAGGAAACAAUUAUUUACUUUUUUCUGAAGUCCAUUGAAUUUGAUCCAGUUGCUGCUGCCUUAAGACCAAUCACUUGUGUUUAGUGUAUAUCCUCUAUAUGGAAGGACGGGGAUGCUCCAGCUCCCUCAAUAGUUUGGUGCAGCUGCCAACCAGCCUUCCUUGAAGAGGAAGGUAUCCCUUAUUUUUGGUUUGUAUUUUCCCUGGCCCUACAAGCAGCAGGCACCAGCUGCUGGCAUUUUUUUUUUUUUAGAUAAACAAG